ACCAGCUGAUUUUGCACGUGCUUGACUUCGAUGUAAACAAACUCUCACGCCUUGCUGGAUGGGUAUGCAUUUUUUGGUAUGAAAAUGCUGUGUACGUACUACAUGAUGUGAAAGUAAAACUUCUGAAAAGUUUACUUUAAGGAAGCAGGGUCAGGUCAAAGAGGAAAUCAUGGACGCCGCCGUAGAUGGAAUCCCUCCCGUUAUGUGGGAACCCGAUAGAACCAUGUCCACUAAAAUGGACGAGCUGAGGACGAGGAUCAAUGAGAAGUACAGCGUUAAUCUGCAGACCUAUAGAGAAUUUCAUAAAUGGUCUUGUGAGAACUAUAGUCAGUUCUGGGAAGAAGUUUGGCUGUUUACGGAUGUCAUUCACUCUCAGCCUUAUACAGAGGUGAUUGACAAGUCAAAAGGUAUUUCCGAGAUUCCAACCUGGUUCCGAGGAAGUCGUCUGAACUUUGCGGAGAACUUGCUGCGUUACAAUGAUGACAGGGUGGCAGUUUACGCCACAGGAGAGGGUCUAGGAAUGAAAGGUAUACAAAAGAAAACUUACAAGCAGCUCCGAUCAACAGUAGCAAGAUAUGCGGCAGCCAUGAGGAAAAUGGGGGUACAGGAAGGGGACCGAGUCGUAGGGUACAUUCCAAACUGUUGUGAGGCUCUGGAGGCCAUGUUAGCUGCUGCAUCCAUAGGAGCCAUUUGGAGUUCCACUUCCCCAGACUUCGGGGUGCAGGGUGUUCUAGACAGAUUUUCACAAAUAAAGCCCAAGUUGAUAUUCAGUAUUAAUGCUGUGUGGUACAAUGGUAAAAUUCACUCACACCUGGAGAAGCUGGAACAAGUGGUCAGAGGGCUACCUGACUUGGAAAAGGUUGUGGUUCUGAGGUUUGUUCCGGAUGCAUCCAGUGAUAUUUCUGCAAUAUCAAACAGUUGUCUCCUGGAAGACUUCCUGUCGCCCAUUGACUCUGAUGUGGAGCUGUACUUUGAGCAGGUGCCCUUCAACCAUCCUCUAUUUAUAAUGUACUCAUCUGGGACCACGGGAGCCCCUAAAUGUAUGGUCCAUUCAGUUGGGGGAACCUUGCUGAAGCAUUUAGAAGAACAUAUCAUCCAGAGCAACAUGGGAAGAGACGAUGUCUUCUUUUAUUACACCACAGUCGGGUGGAUGAUGUGGAAUUGGCUGGUCUCGGGUCUCGUUUCGGGAGCAGCCAUUGUUCUGUAUGAUGGAUCUCCUUUGGUUCCUCAUGCCAAUCAUCUCUGGGACCUUGUGGAUGAAUUGGGAAUCACAUUGUUUGGGACUAGUGCUAAAUGGCUUGCUGUUAUGGAAGACAGGGGACUGAGGCCAGGGGCGACCCACAAGCUGAAAACCCUGAAAAUGAUCAUGUCAACAGGGUCCCCCUUGAAGCCCCAGAGUUAUGACUAUGUAUACAGGGAGAUCAAAAAGGACCUGCUGCUGGCCUCUAUAUCAGGUGGUACGGACAUCAUCGCCUGUUUCAUGGGUCAGAACUGGACGAUCCCGGUGUACAGGGGGGAGGUCCAGAGCUUUACCCUGGGCUGUCACAUGGAGUGUUGGAAUGACGAGGGUAAGCCUGUAUAUGGGGAGCCCGGAGAACUGGUCUGUCUGAAGCCAUUCCCCUCCAUGCCUGUCUACUUCUGGAAUGACCCCCAGGGUGAAAAAUAUGCCGGUGCCUACUUCUCGAUGUACCCAGGUGUCUGGGCCCAUGGUGAUUAUUGUUGUAUCAAUCCCAAGACCGGUGGGACCGUGAUGCUAGGGAGGAGUGAUGGUGUGUUGAAUCCAAAUGGAGUCAGAUUUGGAAGUGCAGAAAUCUAUAAUGUUGUGGAAUCUUAUAAGGAGAUUCAGGACAGUGUGUGUGUUGCUCAGAGAAAGGCAGAUAACUCCGAGGAGAGAGUUGUCUUGUUCCUGAAAAUGGUGGCUGGAGCAGACUUCACUCAAGAGCUUGUCAAGAGCAUAAAAGUCAACAUCAGGAGCCUUCUGUCUGCCAGACACGUGCCAGAAGUCAUCCUCCCCACACAAGACAUUCCAUAUACAAUUAGUGGGAAGAAGGUUGAAGUAGCAGUCAGACGGGCCAUUCACGGACAGGAGGUGGUUCAGCGGGGGGCAUUGGCAAACCCUACAAGCAUUGAUCACUUUUACGAUAUUCCAGAAUUGAAACAGUAUUGAACUGGAUACCAAAAUUCAGUUGUUGAUCAAAUAAGGAAAAUAAUCUAUUGAAAAGUUUCCAAAAUGUUAUGUUAAAGUACAUGCAUUUACAUUGACUAAUAUUUUGUCAGUAAUGACCCUAUUCUGUUUCAAUGUACUAGACUAAGUAUUAUAUUGUUAUAUUAGUGCAUGUACUUACAUUGACUAAUAUUUUAUCAGUAAUAAUCUUAAUUUGUUUCAAUGUAUUAUAUUUCUUGAUAAAAGUAUUGACCUUUCAACUCAACAUAAAAAGUGUGUACAGACUAUGAAAGAUAUUGGGAAUGAAAUGUGUAGGGUGUUUGUGUUAUGUGGUGUAAACAAAAGAAGCAUGCUGGGUAAUUUCUGGUUUAUCAGACCUACUGUUGAUAUAACACCCCCCCCCUCCCAGGGUUCUAUUGUCUAUACACACUUAUAAUACACCCCCCCCCCCCCAGGGUUCUAUUGUCUAUACACACUUAUAAUACACCCCCCAGGGUUCUAUUGUCUAUACACACUUAUAAUACACCCCCCUGGGUUCUAUUGUCUAUACACACUUAUAAUACACCCCCCAGGAUUAUAUUGUCUAUACACACUUAUAAUACACCCCCCAGGGUUCUAUUGUCUAUACACACUUAUAAUACACAUAUCAACAGCCAGGACUUCUGUUCCUGAAAUAAAGCUAAAACACUGUCACUUUUUUUUCACUGUGAUGCAUUGUGACAUUCCAAAAAACUUACAUAAGCACAAAAUAUAUUGAUUGGAAUGUAAAGGUAUACUUUGGAUGUGAAUCAUUUAUUGUAAGUUAAUAUAAAGGUUAUGUAUUGACUUCGGUGAGCAAUGAUUAAAAAAGUGUAAAGUUUACAGUGAUCUGUCUCAAAAUGUGAAGAAGGUGAAAGUUUUAUUUUUACACGUAAAUGUAAAACUGCUGUGGUGAGGCAUUUAGAGCAUGCAUUGGUCCUUCAUAAAAGACAACACCGUACAUAUCAGUUUUUCUGUAUUUUUGUGUGUCAAAUUACCUGUUUAAGGAGAUACUCUACAUCAUCAUUAUUUUCCUUUUAAAACUUGGAUGAAAAUAUAAAUAGCAGCAAUAUUUGUUUAUUCAUUUAAAAUUGUAUUGCCUAGUUGAGUAGCUCAGUAGCUUAGCACGUUGACUCCUGAAAUGUAACUGCAGUUUUUGACUAAAUGAAGACAAUUUGGAAGUUUUCAAUUUGAAAAUAUUGUAGCACAUACAUAUAUUCUCCACUUUUCACCCAUAUCAUUUCACUAAUGUAGCAUUCAUCCUUAAGAAGGAGGUUCACAUAUGACAUAAUCUGGGCCUGUUGACGUACCAGAUUAAAAUGCAUCUGGACUUUGUAAACAUUUCAGUUUGUUUAAAACGUGCGUAUUUAUGGAUAUUGAACAGUCGACAUUUAUAGAUAUUGAACAAUCGACAUUUAUAGAUAUUGAACAAUCGACAUUUAUAGAUAUUGAACAAUCGACAUUUAUAGAUAUUGAACAGUCGACAUUUGACAUUUAUAGAUAUUGAAUAGUCGACAUUUAUAUCACUCAAGCUUACUAUUCAGGUUCUUUUUACUUACUAAUACAUGUAUAGGAAUCAUUUAUUAAUGAUCUUUUAAGCUGUUGUUAAAUAAUUCGAGAUCGUGUCAAAGGUUUGGCCACAUCAUGAAAAGUUUGUCAAAAGCUUAGAGAGUUGGCAUGAUUUGUCCAGUUUCAGAUAUUUUAAGAUAGAAAUUCAGAUUAUGUCUUUAUAACACAAACAUCUGUUGGAAUAUGAUGGCAUAAUAUUCUAAGAGACUGGCAUUGAAAUGUAUGUGAUGAUGUAUUUGAUAAUAUAUGGGGUCUUUAAUCAGCGAUUUUAAACAUUUAAGUUAUAUGUCAUUCAUUAUGUAAUAAUGUACUGUUUUUUUUCCUGCUUUUUCUUUGAUGUAGAAAUGGUGUGAUUUGGAAUUGUUAUAUUUUUAGAUAAGUAUACCAUAUUCAUCCUAUUGAUAACCCCUACCCCUAUAAACACCUCCGGAGACUUUUUUGAACUCUUAAAAAUUAAGUUACCCCCCCCUCCCUCCCCAUUUAAAUACAGUACGACUUGCCUUAUACCGGGAAUAGCUGCUCUGUCGUUGUGUAUUUACUAAGUUGUUUUGACGAUUUGAAAUAAUAAAUCAAUCAAUAAAAUCUUGAGUGGAUUACAUUAUUGUAAAGGAAAGUACAACAAUGACUCAUUUUGAAUUAUAUACAUGCAUGUAUUUCUAUAAAACAAAGUCAAAAUUUCACUGGAAAUAUUUCAAUAAUAGCUGCCCUUUUUCAAUAUUAUGUAAGCACCCGGGGCGCUCAAUUGGAUGAAUACGGUACAGGGAUAAACUGACAUGAGUUAAUGUUCACAUUGGGAAGUGCUUAUUAGAACAUUGUAUCUAGAUAUCUGAUUUAACAUGAACAUUUGUUCUAAAGGUCUAGUGCAGAGUAUGCAUUUAUAGAGGGUUUCUUGUUGUCUCUUUUAAUCAUUUAUUUAUUAUUCACAUGAUCUGAACGGUGUGUGAAGUAAAAAUAGGGUAAUGUUUCUGUCAAAUAAUGAAGGUGUGAUACAACU